CAGACAAUGAACUAUCCAAAGCUGUUAAAGACGUUCUAAAUUCGGAUCUUUACCAGGAAACAUUUAAAAAAGGAUACAUUGAUGAAAGCAACAAUAUUCCACCCAAAGAACCAGCACCUAAACGAAUGCCAAGAUGUUCGGAUAUCUGGUAUAAAUUACUAAAACCUAUCUUUGUUGGUAUAUCGGCAAAAGCAACUUGGCCUAUGGCAAAGCAGGUUCUUAAGGCUGCUGUUGCUUACUGGCUUGCUUUCGUUAUUGACCUUAUUGUCCCUGCAAUGCAGGAAUUAGGCCCUUAUACUUUUUUGGCAGUCGUGAUGGUUUGCUAUUUUCAACCUUCAAGAACAUUUGGCUCCUUAUGGGAGAGUGCUGGUUGGGGAAUUUGCGGUGCUUGCUUAGCUACAUUAUGGUCAUUUUUAGGUAUUAAAGUAUCCGAAGCAAUACGUGGUGACGAAAUAUUUAGUAUUCCUGCUAUGUUAGUCAAUUUAACGUUCUUGGCUAUUGGUACUUUUACUUUAUCAUAUGAUAAAAUCAAAUGGCAACCUAUGCGUUAUGGUUCAAUUAAUGCUAUCAUGAUUAUGAGUUUUAGUUUAACAUUCUCAUAUGUUAACCCUCAAAAUACAAAUCAAAUAUUGCAAGCUACUACUAAUUACAUACCUUGCCUUCAUAAGACGCUUCAAAGUUUUAUUGAUUUGCUUGAGCAAGAAACGCAUUUUUUUCUUCGUGGUCCAUAUAAUAGGAAUACAAUUUCGCAAUUAUAUCGAGUUGUACAAGAUAAUAUUCUUAGUCUUGAUAUAGCCAAAAAAGAUGCACAACAUGAAGUGUCAUAUUCAAAAAUUGGACCGGAAGAUUUAUUAGAUAUAAAUAAAACCGUAAAAUCUUUGCAUAUGAUAUUAGAAGGAUUAGCAUUAAGUGGUGUAAUUGAAGAAGAAUUAAUGAAGGAUAGACGAGAAGGAACAAUUGAGAUCAGAAUCGAAGAUAAAUGUAAUCAUGCUUCGAUUUUUGAUCAGGUAACGUUAUAUACUAAUGUUGAUGAGUCAUCGCCAUUAUCAGUUGGAACAGCAACAGGAAGUGAAGAGGAUUUGACCAAAUUAUUAGAAAUUAUUCGACCUAUUUGUACAGAUCUUUCAGAAACGUGUCAAAUGUGUUUAGCAGAUUGUAUGAUACGUGUUGAACAUUUAAAACAUGAUUGUCGCGACCCAUGGUAUCGAAAGAUAUGGCCAUUUAAUCUUAAAUCGGCACCCAGUCAUAAUCAAAAUGUACUUGAUGAUCCUAUGGGAGAUCUUCAUGCAGCUUUAACUAAAUUUGAGAAUGCACGUGUUGAAGGUUUACAUCGAUUGUUUUCGGAUAAAGAAUUUAUUAGUCCUUUACCACAAAGAGUUUUACUUUUAGUACUAUUAUUUGAAAAUAGUCUUAAAACAUUUGCAGAAGAUUUAUGUUUAUUGGUUGGAACUAUUAAAGUGUUGGGAAUUCAAAGACAAUCCAAAAAGUUUUGGCUUCCACCAAUACCAUUUUUCAAACGUACAAGAGAUGUAGGAGGAACAGAAGAAGAACAUUUAAAAUUUUUCGAAUCUAAUACUAGACAGGAUGAAAAAGAAGAAUUUGAAAAUGAAAUGUUAUUUGAUCCUGAUGUAACACAACCGACAACAAAAUUUCAACGAUUUUGGUAUAAAUUAUGGUUAAUGAGAAAUUGGUUUAAUAGUAUUUAUGCCAAAUUCGCAAUAAAAAAUACAUUGGUAGUUACUGCAUUAUGUAUACCGGCAUUUUUACCAAAUUCUUAUGUGUGGUUUAAUUAUUACCAUGGUCAGUGGGCAGUCAUUAGUGCGGUUCUUUCCUUUUCACCUACUACUGGAGGUGCCGUACUUCAAUUUAUUGGUCGUCUUUUAGGAUCAAUUGUAGGAGCCACGAUGGCCAUGGUCACAUGGGAAAUAACACAAGGCAACGCUUAUGGUCUCGCAUGUGCACUUUUCGUAUUUUCACUGCUUCUUUGGUUCAUAUAUUUGAAUGCCAAAGUGUGGACAGUUGGAGGCGUUAUUAUGUUGGCCAAUUUUGCAUUAGUCCUUUCAAAUGUUUAUCAAAGUAAUAAUGGAAUGGGUAGUGUUACCGAAACAGGCUUUAGAGUCGGUAUCACAUCAGCUUUCAUUAUGAAUAUGAUGCCUUGGCCGCAUACGGGAAGAGUUGAAGUUCGUCGACGUCUCGCACGUACAAUAUCUGACAUUUGUGUUUUAUAUUCAAUGACAAUUUCAUCAUUGUUAAAUGAAAAAAUGGAAUCAAGAUCAAAACGAUUCCGUAAACUAGUCAGCAAAAUAAAUCGAUCAAUAACAAUAGAACGGUUAUUACUUUCACGUACAAAAUAUGAACCACCACUUAGAGGUAACUUUCCGAUCGAGAAAUAUAAACAAAUUAUAGAUAUUGUAGAACAUAUGGUUUGUCUUGUUGGUGGAUUAGACCUUAUAUUAUGUGAAUUAAAUGGAACAGGAUGGAAGACACAAUUAGCAGAUGUAUUCAAUCCAACCAAAUGUCAUUAUAUAACGCAUAUAUUAACAACAUUUCAUAUAUUAUCAACGGCAUUGGAAAACAAAGUUCCUUUACCACCAUAUAAUAUAAUUGCAUCAGGAGAUACAAGGUUUGGACAAGUUGGAUUAGGCAGUAGGAUAUCAGGAAGGAUCAGGAGAACAGCAUCAGAUCUAACAAAAGAAGAUUUGGAAACUCAAGCAUUUGUUUGUUAUUGUGCAUAUCUGAUAAAAACAAGUCAUCUUGUUAAUGAAUUGUUAAAACUUGUCUACGUUAUUAAGCAAUUAGUUGGAGUUAAUAAAUAUGUUAAGGA